ACUGCCAGAACGUCGGCGAUCCCAGCAGCUCUUCUAAAUCAGUUUCUAGACAGAUUGGUGACUCAGUGGACGAUCUGGGGGAGAUCUUCAGAGCAUAACCGUUUCUGACAUGCACUUUGAUAAGUCGCCAAAAGAGAAGCCGUGUUGCACUCUGCCCACAGUGAAGAAACUCUUGGAGCAGAAGAGAAGACGUGAGACGUCCUCGGUGCCACCUUCCUGCCCUGCUGCCAGCACAAGUCCUGUUCCUCCAGCUACUGUUUCACAGUUGUCAUCAUCAGAACCAUUUACCUGUACAGGUGCAGCAAGCAGCUACUCAGACAUGGCAGUGAGCUAUGAGCAGUGGCCUCCAGCCCCUGAGUCGACACUCAGCUACUACAGCAGCCACCCAGGACCCAGCUAUGCUACCGGCUACAACCUCCCUGUGACACCCGACUACAGCACACAGCAACAGGUCCCAGGAUUUGUAGACACAAUGACUCCGACAUACGAGUGUCAAAUGGCCAUCACAGAUCCCAGCAUGGCCUCAUCUUGGUCACCUCUGGGCCCAGGUCAGAGCUCACAGCUGAGUUUUUGUCCAUCGCUGGAUGCCACCAAGCUGGAGGAGGCAAGGAUGCUGCUCAGUGGGAUGGACUACAGCAGAACCACCUGCCAGGAUGAAGACGGAGACACCAUCCUGCACAUCUACACUGCCAAGGGACUCAGGGAGUGUGCCUUCGCUGCUGCAGAGAGGCUCAGGGAUGUAGGGAGGCUGGAUGCCAAAGAACACAAGGGCAAGACUGCUUUACUGGUGGCGGUGACGGCAAACCAACCAGAGAUUGUGCAAGAUCUGCUGUCGUUAGGAGCAGAUAUCAAUGCCUGUGAUGUUAAAGGACAAACUGCCCUUCAUCUGGCUGCUCACUAUGGAUUCCCUGGGGUUCUGCAGGCAAUUCUGUCCAGACGGCCAGUUGUCAACCUGGAAGCCCGCAAUUUUGAAGGCAUGACUCCUCUGCACUGUGCAGCCAUUUCUCACGGUGUCACCAUGAAGGCUUUGUCUACCACUGGGUUGGCAGAUGUUAAUCUCCAGACCAAGGCUGCGGAAAAACUCUCCUGCGUGCAGAUGCUGCUCAGCGAAGGGGCAUCCCUACUCAGUCAGGAAAUCAAAAGCAACAAGACAGUGCUUCACUUGGCUGUAAAGGAGGGGAACAUUGACUUGGUGCGUUAUCUGCUGAGGAUUCCCCUGCCAAACAUGAAAGACUUUGUCAACAUGAAAGCUCAUGGUCACACAGCUUUACACAUGGCAGCUGGUCUCCACGGUAACCCCCACCAGGAGGAGAUCCUGCAGCUGUUGCUGAGCAGAGGAGCUGAUCCCAGCAUCCGCAACCUGGAGAACGACCAGCCAGCUCACCUGCUGCAGAGCGGCCUGCAGGGAGAGCAGCUCAAGCUCAUGCUGAAGAAACGGAGCGCUUCCUCUCGUCGGCGUAUCAUGUCCUUGCAGGACCAGGAAUGAUUUAAAUCACUUGUAAUCCCCAUUUGGUGGGAAUGAGUCUUUAAGAUUGUUCCUCUGUUGAAAAGGGGAUUUACAUUUUAUUGACAGGAUGUUUUGGGAGUCUCUGGCCUGUAUUAACCUAAAAAAAAAUCCCCAGUACAAUAGACAUUGUAUUAAACAAAUGAUGCUGUAAUUGUAAAACUUAAACCGCCUGUUUCUUAGUGUGUGUUAAACUAUAGUACUUUGUUUUUUCCUACACACAAAGUGAAUUAUUCAUCUGUAAAUGCAGCAUUUCAUUCCAAAAUGCCAAACCAAUCCCACCGCUGCUGACAAAUAACCAUGUUUAAAUGUUUGACUGAUUGAAAUAUUUUAAUUCUGUAUUAAUCUUUGGCAAAAUGUGUAUUUAACAUUUUGAAAUGAGAAAACUGAAACAGAAAGCAUUAGUUAUUUGCAAAAAGUAAAAUAUUGUCAUGGAAAGUGGAUUGAAAUUCACUUUCAUGAUAGGCUACACUCCCAGGUUAAAGUUGAUUUCUAUGAAAUCGUGAGAAUAAGCUCCAGGACCAUGUCCCUGAAACCCCUCUGACUCUCUUCUUAAAACCCCCCAUCCAUAAGUUAUCAUACUGAUACACUGAGUGAUGGUUCUGAUUUCAGUCAGCAUGUAUGUUAAGAAUGCGUGUGUUGAACAUGAGAAGAAUCUGUUAUAUAAUUUAACUUUCUGUCUGUAUGCAUCAUACAUAUCUAUGUAACAUCAGGUGUGAUUUUCUUUGUGGGAAAAGGAAACUUUACUGUGUAAAACGACUAUGUUUUUGAAACGGAUUGUGACAAAGAAUGUUCUUUUCUUAUCACAGACACAUUACAUGAGUAAGUGCGAUGACAAAUUGUCUGCUGAUUGUACCUUUUAGUCAUGAGUCACGAGUAAAAGUACAAUAACACUGUUUAAGUUCCAUAAGAUUGCUUUGAUGUUCAGGGAACCUUUUGAGCAGUCCCACUUACAUUUAGCUACAGAGAUUAGCGGGAUGGAAAAUACAUCACUUCGCUAGAAAAUCGACGGCAGUUAUUUACACAAACACAGAGGGAGCAUUUAUUUUAUAAGCCCUAUUUCCACCUGCCUUCACGGUCAUGACAAAGAAACUUAAUCACAGAUGAAAUGACUGUAAUUUGAGUGAUACAUCUUUCAC